UGGGUCAUAAAUUAUUAAUACCCGGCAUCGAUGACACACAAUACGUGAGUUCUGGUCCCUCUUCUUCCUCUAGCUAGAUAGCGCGUGGAACAAAACAAAAACCUCAUCAUCCAUAUAAACUCACACUCCUAUCACCACCUCUAUCACAAUCUCUCUGAUCACUACUCUCUGUUCUCAAGAACAAAACAAAAGAAGAAAGAAAUGGCAGGAGGAUCAUACGAGGAAGCCAUUGCAGCGUUGACCAAGCUUAUCAGCGAGAAAGCCGACCUGAGUGGCGUCGCCGCCGCAAAGAUCAAGCAGUUGACGGCGGAGCUAGAAACCGCCACCGCAAACGGGUCGACGCCGUUUAACCCAGACGAGAGGAUCCGAACCGGGUUCGCCCACUUCAAGAACGAGAAAUUUCAGAAGAACCCGGAAUUAUAUGGCGAACUUGCCAAAGGCCAGAGUCCAAAGAUUUUGUUGUCAAUCGUACGCAUGCGUGAACUAUUAUUCCACUAUUUUAUGGUGUUUGCUUGCUCAGACUCUCGAGUUUGCCCAUCCCACAUUCUGGAUUUCAAUCCGGGUGAAGCCUUUGUGGUCCGAAAUAUCGCCAACAUGGUUCCACCAUAUGACAAGACCAAGUAUUCAGGAACAGGGGCGGCCAUUGAAUAUGCUGUCGUACAUUUAAAGGUGGAGAAUAUUGUGGUCAUUGGACACAGCUGCUGUGGAGGUAUAAAGGGCCUCAUGUCUAUCCCAGAUGAUGGGACCACUGCAAGUGAAUUCAUAGAGCACUGGGUCCAAAUUUGCACUCCAGCAAAGUCUAAGGUUAAAACAGAAGCAAGCACAUUAGAAUUUUCUGAGCAGUGUACUAACUGCGAAAAGGAAGCUGUGAAUGUAUCACUUGGGAACCUAUUGACUUAUCCCUUUGUGAGGGAUGCGGUUGUGAAGAAGAAAACACUUGCCUUGAAAGGUGCACAUUACAAUUUCGUUAAGGGCACAUUUGAGCUUUGGGAUCUGGACUUCAAAAUCUCUAACUCUGUAUCCGUUUAAGACCACUGAAGAAGCAAUAAACGAAAGUGUUCUUGACCCUGCUGUGGGAUGUACAUGACCUAGCUUCCCAUUGCAAGUGUUUCAAAUUGUAUAAGAUACCCCCUUCCCCUAGUUGUUUUCCCCAAAUCCCCAGAAGAAGGAACGAACACUCAGCUAAAAUAAUGGUCUUGGACCAACUCAAUAAGUUCUGUUUUAUUACCGUUUUAUGUUACAAAGUGGUUUUUCUUUCGGCAAACUUUAAUUCUGAUCUUGCCAUUAAACUUGAGCAAUGCAUUUAAUUUAGUAUGAGAUGUUUUA